AUGACCUUUACUUCUGCAAUCUACGGCAAGGGAUCUCUCAAUAGCCCACCGUCAAGCCUCACAUCGCAGAGCCAGUCAACAGAGACCAGAGAGGCGGUGCCAGACACAGCUCAAAAUGGAGGACCUAUAACCAAGAACGAAUCGUUGGCGAAGCCAUGGGCACAUUUCGUCGCUGGAGGGCUCGGUGGUAUGACUGCAGCGACUCUCACCUGUCCCCUUGACGUCGUCAAAACUCGUCUCCAAUCCGAUUUCUACCAAUCCCAACUUCGUGCUCUCCAUGCCUCGCAACCACGUAUUCAUAGCAGAUCGCCACUACGAUCCGGCUACAUUCAUUUUCGCGAGACCAUGCAAAUACUGCAGUCCAUCUAUACUCAUGAAGGCUUCCGCGCCUUGUUCAGAGGUUUGGGAGCUAACCUUAUUGGUGUGGUGCCUGCAAGGAGCAUCAACUUCUUUGUCUACGGGAAUGGCAAGCGAAUACUGAACGAACGAUUUAACCCGGAAGGGCGUGAGAACGUGUGGUCAAUACACCUCACAGCAGCCGCGAUCGCAGGUAUUGCCACCGGAACAACCACAAAUCCCAUCUGGCUAGUCAAAACAAGGCUGCAGCUAGACAAGAAUACUGCGACCAACGACCCGACCCGAGGAAGACAAUAUCGAAAUAGCUGGGACUGUAUCAGGCAGACAGUUCGCCAUGAAGGUAUCAAAGGUCUCUACCGAGGUUUGUCAGCGUCCUACCUUGGCGUCACAGAAUCGACACUUCAAUGGGUUCUCUAUGAGCGCAUGAAGCUGUCCCUUGCGCGGAGAGAAGCCCGAAGACUGGCCGAUCCGAGACAUAAACAGACACUCUUACACGAUGCGGAGGUCUGGGGUGGGAAAUUCACCGUCGCAGCCGGGGCGAAGCUGUUCGCUGCUGUUAUCACAUACCCGCAUGAGGUGGUCAGAACCAGGUUACGACAAGCCCCGACAAUCGUAACUGAGACUGGGAAGGUUCAGAUCAAAUAUACAGGCCUGGGGCAGUGCUUUGCCACGGUCUGGAAGGAGGAAGGCAUGGCUGGAUUGUAUGGUGGCAUGACGGUAAUUUCACCACCAUCCAAAUUGUCUUCUCAAGCAGCUAAUCUCUUACCCAGCCACACCUACUCCGCGUCGUACCGAGCGCUGCAAUUAUGUUUGGCAUGUACGAAGUUAUCCUGA